AUGUGGCGGCCGACCGCGAACCAAGGCCCAGGUCACCGAGGCGCCGGCCCGCAAAGCGACCCGGCCAAGCCGCGUCCAGACGCCGGCAAGGCGGCCACCCAGUGCGGAGCUGACACCGGCAAAGCGGACGGCAGCACCGUUGGCACCCGGCGACCGUCCGCCGAAAUCACCGGCCAAAAGGUUGGCGGAAGCAGCAGCUUUGACCGUAGCACCGGAUCUGGGGAACCCGGCACCAGCGACACGCAAACCGGCCCCAAUAUCGGCGGAGGCAGUGGCAGACGCGGCCUGGGCCAGUCACUGCAAAUCACCAUCACCGCAGCCACAGCCGACCAGGACACUGGCCGCCGCCUGCACGGUGGACCACGCGGACAGAACGGACCAGGCGGACACCAUCCCGUACACCUGGGCGGAUGGAACAGUAGUCCAGAUCUACACCCGCAUAAAACGACAUCGUUUUACCCGCAAUGGGCGCAGAUGGACACUAAUCUUGGACGACAAGGGAAGGAUCAUCCGCUGCGUCUACACAGAGCACCUCCGACACCUUUCGGCGGAGUACCUCCACCGCCGCCUCCGCCACCUGGAAGCAUACCUGCUGCACCACCGCCACCUCCGCUCAUUGGAAUACCUGGAGCACCUCCUCCGCCUCCGCCUCCGGCAGGAACCGUACCGACAGGACCUUGA